AUGUCUAUCGGGCUGGUGCUGGAGGAUAGAGUGAACAAACAGGACUCAGACCUGCCUGGCUUCGGCGCACUCACCAACAGGCUGGAAAACCAGGAGUUGGUGCUGCGUCUUGUGCUGGGACUGUACGCCUGGAAGCAACAGGAACCGGGAACCAGGAGGAAAGACAACUUGAGGAGCAAGCAGACACACAAGGGAGCCCUAGACCCAGGGGUCGAGGCCAUCCAUCCAGACUGUGCCUUGGUGUCCCAACACAUGAAGGCCCAGCAGAGCUGUAUCCACACACGCAGACAGGAGGGUCGCAACCGUUCUGCCAGGACAGGGUGUCGUACAGAGUGGGAUGAGGUCAGGUGCUGGUACCGGGCUGAUGUGGGCCAGAUUGUCAAUGUGUCUUGCUCAGACAUCUCCCAGCUCUUCGCCAACAAAGGUUACAUCUUCAGGAACUGUACGAAGGAUGGCUGGACAGAGCUGUACCCUACGUAUGAGGAGGCCUGUGAGUUCGCAGAGGAGUCAGAGACAGGAUCAGAGACAACAUACUUUUUGACCAUCAGUCAGGUGUACACUGCUGGAUACGCCACCUCCCUCAUCUCCCUCAUAUCAGCCAUUUUUGUCUUCGCUGUGUUCAGGAAGUUCCACUGUACCAGGAACUACAUCCACAUCAACCUCUUCUCCUCGUUCAUCCUGAGAGCCAGUGCCGUCUUCAUCAAGGAUGGGGUUCUUUUUGCUGAUGAGAACUUCGACCACUGCUUCAUGUCCACUGUGAAGUGUAAAUCAGCAGUGGCGUUCUUCCAGUUCAGCAUCCUGGCUAACUACUUCUGGUUGCUGGUCGAGGGCAUGUACCUCCAGACCCUCCUUGCCCUCACCUUCGUCUCACACAAUAAGUACUUCUGGUGGUACACACUCAUCGGCUGGGGUUUCCCAACCACGAUAUUGUUGGUGUGGGUUCUGACACGAAACUUCUAUGAUAACAGAGGUUGCUGGGACGACACCGAUGUGGCCUUCAUUUGGUGGAUUAUCAAAGGGCCUAUAACUGCAUCACUGCUGGUCAACUUAAUCAUCUUCAUUAAUGUGAUCCGUAUUCUGGUCCAGAAGCUAAAAUCUCCCGGUGUCAGGGGACACAACACAGGCCACUUCAUGAGGCUGGCUAAGUCCACCCUGUUCCUGAUCCCUCUGUUUGGGAUGCAUUACAUGGUGUUUGCCUUCCUACCAGAGAACACAGGAGAGGAGGCACGCAUCUUCAUAGAGCUGGGUCUGGGAUCCUUCCAGGGCUUUGUUGUGGCUCUGCUCUACUGUUUCCUGAAUGGAGAAGUGCAGGCGGAGCUGAAGAAGCGUCUGUGGAAGUGGCAGACCCAGGGCUAUAUGAGCUACAGUAGGAGAAGACGCACCCUAUUCACAGAGAGCUCCACCGUCACACAGAUCUCUGUGCUGGAGAAGUCCUCCCCCAAGGAGCUGCCCUGCAUCAAUUGA